AGGUCGUGUUCUCGGCCAACGGGAGACUGGACAUUUGUAGAACGGUAUCCCUCUGGGAGGCGGCCAGAGGCUUCGCGGCCUGAAAAUACUUCUCGGCGCGCACUGAGAGGCUACACAAGGCUCCCGCCGGCCGCCAUGAGCAUCGUCUGCUCCCAGUCGGAUUCGCAACCAGAUCUGGCUUCUGACGACCACAAAGACUUCACAGAAGAGGAGCUGAAAGAUCUGCGCACGGCAUUCUGCCUGCUGGACCGGGACCGUGAUGGGCGGGUGAACGCCAGCGAGCUGCAGUUCAUGCUGCGCAACAUGGGCAUCCGUGUGAGGGACGAGCUGCUGCAGGAGCUGCUGAGUGAUGCCAGCCACUCGGGGAGCGGGCUGGUGGACGAAGCGGAGUUCCUGCAAUGGGUGGGACGCAUUCAGGCGCUUACCCAGGACCCGGGCCAAUCGACCGCAGACACCAGCGAUGACGUCGCCCAGGACCUGGUGGCCGCCUUCCGCGUCUUUGACCGUGACUGCAACGGCUACAUCACCAAGGACGAGCUGAAGACUGCCAUGGACAUGAUCGGCGAGCCGGUGACGGAGCUGCAGCUGAACGAGAUGCUGGCCAUCGCCGACAUCGACAAGGACGGCAGGAUCAACUACGAAGAAUUCGCCAGACUCCUAUCGUAACGCCAGCAUUGUACUGAUAUUGCUGAAUAGUCGAUGUAAAUAUCACAGUAUCAUGUACAGUACUCAUAGCAAGUGUAAACUUAAUGAGUUCGUGGAAAUUAAGAUAUAGACUGUGUGCUCACUGUGUACAACGCUACUAUGUUUUCUAAAGAUUUUACAUCUUUUUGUUACCAACAUUGGACCUAAUAUAUUUUUGAUGAGUUUGUUACUGUUUGCUACAAGUGUAAUUACAAAAGACAAAUACGUGUCUUUAUACAGCCUUAAAACUGGUGAUAUGUGCAGUUAGUAAAAAGUAAGGUUCGGUAAAAGUUUAUUUUUAAGAAUUGUAUAAUGUAAAACUGCAAUGCAGGCAUUUGUUGUGAUUCAUUGUUAAGUUUAAUUUUUUUACAAUUUGUUUGUGGAUAUACACGUGUAUCGUACUAAUUAAUAAAUGUUUCAAACAAA